AGAUGUGAGGAUAGACUAUCAUUGUCAGCGCGCGAAAGAUAAAACAUGAUAAUUCAGAACAGGAACAAGCGGGAGGGAGAGAAAGCUAGCUAAAGGCGGAUCAAUAACACCAUUCAAAUUUAUUAGGCAACAUUUUUUAUACCUAUAUUACUGUCUUGUGGUCGGAAAGAAUACGGAAGUCUUGAUUUCACGGUUUUAAUGCAGGUUCACUCCAACUACACAAGUAAAAGGAGGAUAAAGUAAUUUAAGAUGAGUGUGGUGAUCUCGCAACAGGCACUGGAGCUCCCUGCUGAGGAACCAGUAGCCGAGAGUGAUUCAGACAGCGGGAUGGGCUCACCAGUGGAGGAGAUUGCUUCUAAAAUGAUUACCAAUACUGUCGACUCGCAAGAUUCAGAUGAUGACAUCACAGUGAACCGGCGGUCCAGUUGUCGGAAGGCCCUGAGAGACAGUGAUAGCGAGGAGGUUGUGCCUGAGAUAGCAGAGGCUUUGGUCCUAUCAGCAUCCAGCGGGGAUGAGAUGGAGACUGCUGAGGAAGAGGUCAAAAGGGCAGAAUUAAAGAGCAAGAAGAUAUCCCGGAUAGCCCCUAUCGACAGUGAUGGCAGCACGCCAGAGGAGGAGGAAGAGCUGGUCAAAAAGGAUGUGAAACUGAAGGAAGGGAAGAGGGAGAAGAGCCAGAGACACAGAGGGAAGAAAGAGAAGCGCCGCAAUGCUGUGGAGCGACUGAAGAACAAAGAGAGACCUGAAGAGGAGACCCCUUUGCCCCGUGCUCUGAAUGACAGCGGCUGUCUCCUUGGUGACAAUGACCUAUAUGAUGCUGGUCUCGAUGAUGAUGAAGAGGAAGAGUCUCUGGACGCCAUCAAAGCAGCAGUAAAGCAGAAAUCCAAGAAGCACAAGGAGCCUUUAUUUGAUGAUGAUGAUGAGGGAGAUGAUGAGGCUGGACCGAAACGGCGUCCCCAGGAGAGAAAGGCAGCUCGGGCUAGCAAGGAGGCCAUGAAGCACCUGCACAGUGAGACCCAGAGGCUGGUCCGAGAAUCCACAUGCGGGCUGCCCUACCACAUGCCUGAGCCCAAAAGCAUCGACCAGUUCUUCAAGAGGAGAGCCCGACCUGAGGGUUCUGCUAUGGCACUACUGAAGUCUGCCAAGUAUCAGGACUUGAUAAAGGAGGCAACCCCAACACCUCCUCCCCCCAACCCACCCAAGGAGUCCCAACAGCCCUCAGCCUCCCUGGACCCACCCUCCACCCAGACCCAAGCUCUCUCCCAGCCAACGGCCACUUCCUCCCCACACCAGGAGAACCACCGCAGGGCAGGGGAGACCUCUCCAACCCAGGAGCUCGACGACAAUGAAUUCCCACUACCUGAACUGGCCGCCAUUAUGCAGGGGGCUAAUAUUUCAGUGUUUGGUGGUGCUGAAAUUCCACCACCAGAGUAUAUGGAGGCUGGACCCCCAGAGCAGAACCAGGCAGAUCCCUCUGACUCCCAAGCCCAGGAGAUGGAGGCAAAGGCAGGGGAUUGGGAGGGAGCUCAGCCGCUACCUGCUAGAGCCAGCGUGGACCCCAUAGCACCACCAGUCAGAAAACUCAAGAAGGACAGGCUGGCCAGACUGAGGGAGCUGGGGGUGGAGCCCCCGCCUGUCCCCAAACUGUGUGCUGACGAUGGGUCCUUUGAUCUAGAGCCCCUUCAAGUUAACUCAGGCGUGGAGGCGUUGAAGGAGCGUUUCCUACGUCACGUCCAGCCUGUGGCCCAGCCCAGAGGGGAACGCACCGUGCAGCUCAGCGUCAUCUGUAAAGACAGCAACGAAGAACUCCACCAAAACACUGUCACCACCACCAUCAGGGAAGGGGAGGAGGAGGCUGCACACACCGCGCCUGGUGAGAAGCUGACCGACCUGAAGUCCCGUUUACAGCAGGCCAUGGCCGUAAAGAGACGGGAGGAUCGAGAACGCAAGGCUGCCCUCCAUCGCCUAGACAACGAGGACUGUGGCGAGGAAGAGGAAGAGGAAAUGACGGAUUCCGAGGGGGAAGAGGGUGUAGAUGAGCUACUGGGUGGUGAUGCUGAUGGCGAGGAUGAGGAUGACGACCAGGAUGAUGAUCAGGAGGAGGGCAGUGAGGCACAGAGGGGUGUGAGGAGCCCCUCCCUGUUAAGAUUAAAGGGUCCCUCUCCCACACCAGACAUGCUCAACACAGACGGAACCCUCAUGCUGUUUGCGAGCAGUUCCUGCUCGCGCACGGGGGAUGGUGUAAAGAGGACAGGGCCCGGUGGUCAAGACAGUUACACAAAGAUGGAGGAAGAAGAUUCUCUGUCCCUGGCCAAGGACAACAGUCACAACAGUAGUUUUGAGCUGCUGGGCUCCAUGCUGCCGUCCUACCAGCCGGUCAACCGCAGCACCACAGGAGGCAGGGGCCUGUCAGCCAGAACCUUUCGCUCCCCCUCACCCUGCUUCUUCAGACCCAGCUUCCUGGGAUCUGCCUCCAAGAGCUCAGGGAAACUCUCAGAGCCCUCUCUCUCGCUGCCCGUAGAGGACUCUCAGGACCUGUAUGCUCCCCCCUCCCCCGGCGAGUCUUCUGGCCCCCUGGGGGCCCCGUCCCAGGGUCGCUUCUCUCUGGAGGAGGACUCCCAGCUUUUGGAUGCCGACGGCUUCCUCAACGUGGGGCCCCGCACUGGCCCCCCGCGCUCCCACAAGAGGCAGCUCCUACUGGCCAGCCUGGAUGAGAACGCUAUGGACGCUAACAUGGGGGAGCUGUUAGGAAUGUGCUCUGGGGGGUUCGGGACUGCCAGAGAGGGCGGAGUGGGGGGGCUUGGGGCCUCGCAGGAGGAUGAAUUGUUAGGGCUGUGUUCUGGAAUGUUCCCUACCACACAGACGGAGGGAGCGAUGGAGAGGAAGAGCGAGGGAGGAGUUAGAGGGCUGGGGGCGACCCAGGAGGAUGAGCUGCUGGGGCUGUGUUCGGGAGUGUUCCCCACCGCACAGGCAGAAAGGGAGAAGGAGGGAGCGGAAGGGAGGAAGAGGGAGGAAGCCAAGAUGGAGUUGGAAAUGGACCGAGACGAUGACAUGGAUCAGCUGCUCGGCCUCUGCUCUGGGAAGUUUACUACUCAAGGUGUCUCCCCCUUGCGAUCCAACUCUAGCUACGCCCCACACUCUUCAACUGCGGAAGACCGAAGAACGAGACUGGCGGAAGAGGAUUGUGAGUUUCGACUUUUGUCAGACGUGGAGAGCCAGAGUGAGCAGGAAGACCAUGAUGGCGACGAGGAUGACGAGAACGAGGUGGAGGAGGAGGAGAGGGAGGCUGUGUUUGCACCCCGGCAAGGAAAGAAGAAAAUGCACAUGGCAGAGUUUGUGGACUCUGAGGCUGAGCUCUCAGGUAGUGAUGUGGGCAGUGAGGAUGAGGAUGACGGUGAGAAUGAAUAUGAGGAGGAGGAGCUGCUGGACGAGCUGCCGUCUGAUGAAGAGCUGCAGGACCAGGUCAACAAGAUCCACAUGAAACAGGUCCUUGACGACGACAAGCGGCGACUGCGGCUGUACCAAGAGCGUUACCUAGCCGACGGGGACCUGCACUCAGACGGCCCGGGCCGAGCUCGCCGCUUCCGCUGGAAGAACAUAGACGAUGGCUUUGACAUGGACGGAAUGGGGGCAGAGGGGGAGGAAGAUGAGGAGGAGGAGGAAGAGCUGGACCAGGCAGAGCUGCAGAGGAGGAAAGAGAGGCUGGAGAGGGAGCAGUGGCUACGAGAACAGUCGGAUGCUAAGGCCAAGAAAGGGGAGGACUUUGACAUGGACGAGGAGGAGGAGAAGAUUGGCGAGGAGGACAGCCAGUUCAUGAAGCUGGCCAAGAAACUGACCGCCAAGAAACUACAGAAGAAAGAGCUGCCUGUUGCACCCCAGGCGGACAGAGAAUUCCCAGCUCAGAACCCCUUCCAGAGACCUUCUCAACCCACCAUGGUGAAGAGGGGCUCGUUGCUCAGCCAGCCCCGCUCGGUCCUGCAGAAGCUGGCCUGUAUCUCCGAGGGGAACCCGCUAGCCCCCCGCAACACCCGAGGGUUCGUCUUCCAAAGCCUAUCGCCAGAGAAAGAGGCCUCGGCUGCAGAAGCCCCCAAAAAACAGAUGAAGAAGAGGGGACAAAUCCAGGUUUUGGCCCCGGCUGCUAAGCGGCCAUGUCGAGAAAACAACGCACCAGCAGCCAAAGGACCCCAAAGAAGUAUUUUCUGUUACCUGGAGAACUGAGGUGCCUGACAAUUGUGCCUGAUGUGCCAAUCAUACACACAUCCAGAGUGUGUACUACCUUGUAAAAUCUGGUGUCAACAACAUUCACACUUUCUCCGGGACCCCAUUGACUCUUUUGGACACUUGAUUGUGUCCUACUUAAUUUGUGUCCUGAAUCUUUUUUUUUCUUUUUUUUAUCAUGUAAAUAGAAUGGGUUUGAUUUUAUAAUUUUUUUUCAGAUUUUUAAAUGUACUUGUUUUAAGUUUGUAAAUUAAAGCGUAUUUUACCACA